AUGGAGACUCAUUUGGAGGAACCUGAGGUCCUACUUGCGUGUUCUGCAUUUAUGCCGAAAAUCUCCAUCCAGAGAGUUUCCUCCCAUGCUCCAAAUCAAAAACAAAAACAGAACCAACGAAAUCGAGACUUGUAUAAUUUGGAUGCUGACGGGCCCGGCAAAUGUCAAACAAGGCCAUUUCUUCCACAGCUGUCACAGUUUUCCAGAGACUGGGACCUCUUAGAGGGAAGGUUUGUUUACUCUUUUACUCUUCUUUUAACCUUCACGGUGGUUAUAUUUGACAUCUUAAGAAAUAUUGUCUAA